AGCGCCAGCCCUCGGCUGUGCAGAACUACAUUUCCCAGCGCUCCCAGUGCGGGAAGAGGGACCGGCCCAGUAAGAGCCGCUCGGCGGAGGGAGGGUGAGCCCCGGGACGUUCCCAGCCGAUCCCCGCUGCUGGCCAAAGCCCGGCACCUUCCCGGGCGAUCCCUGCUGCCGGACACGGGUUGCAGCUGAGACCCCCACUGUAGGUGUUGGCUAUGGCUGCAGUUUAUCAAGCACUGCACAGAAGAGCUUCCUCUCUCCUCUGCAGGUUACACUCCACCUAUGUUAGAAAAAUGAGAUACUUAAAUAAGCUAAAGGAAGAUGACAGUCUUUGUAGACAAGCCAAGACCUCAGGAACUUUCUGCCUCUUUCACAAUCUCUCGCCUUUCCUGCAGAAAGCUGGGAAGAAAUACUUGGUGCCACAGCUCAGUGCAGCAGAGAUGCGACGGAUCCUGGAGAAAUCCCCCGAGGCCGAGCAGUGGAUGGAGGAGUCGGUGCUGGUCGGCUGUUCAGAUGAGCACAUACCACACUUUGCCCUGGAUUUAGCAGGGGCCUUGGAGAAAUCAGUGAUUGAGUCUGAACUGCAGGGAUCGUUUACUGACCUCCGAAAGGCUCUCUUUGUGGUGGAUGGGAAGGAUUCUCCUCUGCUGGCUUUGGCCCAGUCCCUUCUCCGGUGGCACGAUUCCCACCAGUACUGUAGCAAAACUGGGCAGCCCACUCAGAAAAACCCAGCUGGCAGCAAGCGUGUCUGCCAGGCCAGUGGAAUCACCUACUACCCCCAGGUGUCUCCAGUGGUCAUCACCCUGGUGUCCGACGGCAGCCGCUGCCUCCUGGCCCGCCAGCCCUCCUUCCCCCUGGGCAUGUUCACGGCGCUCUCGGGCUUCUGUGACCUGGGUGAAACCGUGGAGGAGGCGGUGCGGCGGGAGGUGGCAGAGGAGGUGGGGCUGGAGGUGGAGUCGCUCCGGUACUCGGCGUCCCAGCACUGGCCCUUCCCCAGCGGCUCCCUGAUGCUGGGCUGCCACGCCCUGGUGGGAGCACAGCGGGCUGAGGUGCCAGCAGAGGAUUAAAGUAACCAAAGCCACAACUUGUCUAUCUCUGACUGAGGGAGCAAAAAAAAUCUUACCUGGAAACGGUGUGGAGUGAGAAUUCAUCACCUGGGCUGCUCUGCUGCUGCGUGGAAAGGCCACACGUUCUUGCCCAGAGGGACAGUCAUCACUGUGAGUGGCAGAAGGUCUGAGCUCAGCAUUACAGGUCCAGGAGGAAGCUCUUACAUCAGGGAACCACCUCCCCCUGUGAGACACGGCAGACACGCUCUGAACGGGAUGUUCAGCCUGAGAGGACACGAGCACUUCAUGGAACACCCCGACAGUGUGACCCUCCUAAAGCCAUCUGCCAGGGAAACAUUCCUCAGGUAACCAGGAGCAGCUCAGCUGUGGCAGCUGCCAGGGACAGGUCGUCAGAACAACCUGUAAUGACACAAGUACCAUCCCUCUGUUCACUCUGAGGCGCUGCUCAAACAAAUUCAGCUGCCCCAGCCUUCAGCUCCCAUCAAAAACUGACUCACUUUCCAACCCAGCAACAGAUGGAAAGCAGCUGUGUCAGGGGAAAAAAGAGUGCCAGGUGUUAUUCAUGUGGCAGUGGAUACACCUGGGAAUGAAUGAGCACAGCACCACCAAAAAUGCUUCUGUUUAAAAAGAAAGAAAGAGGCUGUGUUGCCAACCUGGAGAUGGUGUGACUUGCAUUUUCCUUUCAGACCCAUCAGUGGUAUUUUGAAGGCAAUGAGGUGCACUGAGAGAUGUCCAGAAUCAUCUUUGCAUGGAGAAACUAAAAUCUGGCAUCAGCUGUGACAAACAGGAGAAAGAUCCCAGGAGCAGAAAUACAGAUUGCCCAGCUCCCUCAUGGGGAGAGCAGCACUGGGACAGAAAAGGCUGAGAGAAUAUUCUUUUCCACUGGGGCCCUGUGCUCAGUGGAGAGAGCAUCCUUUAGACAGUGUUCUCUACUAUUUCUGUUAGUGGGAAUGCUGCCAAGGGACACAGCAGGUUUACUUUUAUAUUAAAAGAAGCAGAAAAGAAGAAGAAAGACAAGGCUUGGGGUAGGGACAGAAGCAAAUUCACACAUGGUCUGACAGUUUAACAUAGCUGCUGUGAGCAUGCAGCAUGGAGAAAGCCUAAAUUAACUGGAUUACAUUCCAACACUGUAACUGGCCUUGUAACUGCAGGUAAGGUUAAUAACCCUCACCAGGUGAAAAAAAGGUCUGGUCUAAGCUCAUUUAGAUCAAUAUGCUGCAGUCACUGGGUAUCAUUAGUCCUUUUUCCCAUCAAAUUAUGAACUCUUACUGGAAAUACCUCAUUUUCUGUCACCUACAUAAUUUUUUUUGGCAUAAACUGAGCUUUACCUUCACAAUAGCUUUGCUCUUCACUUCCCAUCCUUGUCCCCUUGUGAAGAUCCAUCUGGGAGCAUUGACCCACGUGAGCCAAGCUCCAUUCCCAACAGCAAUUCCCGCUUUGACACAGGAGUAACACACCCUGUGAUAUUCCUGUGUGUGCUAAUCACUUCACUUCUUAGCUACAGUUUCACAUCAGAAAGCUGAGUUGUUCAUGACACUCCUUUCCAUGACAUUGAGCAGAUACUCACCAAGAUUUCACCCCCCCACCUCAUACUGUUGAACAGCUCCCUUUUUUCACUAGCUCUGUAGUCUGCUGUUUAAGCCAAGAACCCAAACUGCCCUCCAUGGCAAGGAGUUUUCUUAGGGGAAUAAAGCAAGCUGGAAAAAGAAAUAAAUUUCCAUCCUGGACGUGCCAGAACAGAUGCUCUUGUGUUCCACUCCAAAGACAGAAAUGGCAAGAGGGAGGGCAGCUGCUGCUGCAGCCUCUGCAGCAUCCCAAGGGAUCCUGAGGUGGCACAAAGGGCCUGCCCUGACUCCUGCUGCUAUGGAAAACAAAUUCCAGUUUCUCAGACAAGCAGCUGCAGCAGGAGCUGCACAAACAGUCACUAAAAAUGCUUUUCCACCGCUGCAACUCCCACGUGCCUGGAGAUGAGUGUCAUUCCCGAGGUGUUGGGAAGGCAGGGCAGCAGG